AUGAAGAGGAUUAGAGGUGUGCGAGGUGUGUUGCCGGACUCGGCGGCGAUGUUUCCCUUCCCUGUGUUGGCCACUGACUGCAUACAGGCUCAUCGCCUGUGUUCGGCUGACCCUGAAUGCCAGGCACUGUAUCGGGGCUUGGAGCUGUGCGCGGCCGAUGCAGCUGUCUCUCCUCUGGGAGAGCAGGCAUCUGAGUGCCUGGAAAGACAGGACGCCCUGUUGGCCAAAUACCCCUCUCUGAUGGUCUGUAAGUGCCAGCGUGGUUUCCGCAAGGAGGAGCGUUGCCUUCGUAUCUACUGGAGAGUUCGACUUCUGCCAGGGAAGGAUGAACUGGAGAUUUCCCCAUAUUAUGAUUCAUUGAUGGACACCCGCAUGGCCUCUUUGGUUGCAGCCUCAUCUCUCAUGCAACUGGACGGUGAGAACCAGUGCCUGAAGGCCGCCCAGGACUGCGGCCUCUUCGAGAAAUGCGGUUCCCUGCGAUCAGAGUACGUGUUGGCCUGCACGAAGCCGAUGCCCGGGACCUCCCGAUGCAACCAGCACAAGUGCCACCGGGCACUGAGGCGGUUCCUGGAGCGGGUCCCUGAGGAGUACAGCCUGGGUGUCCUGUUCUGCCCCUGCGUUAACAACCUUUGCGGGGAGAGGAGGAGGAAGACCAUUGUCCCCUCCUGCUCCUACCAGGAUUUGGAGGCGAGUGGCUGUUUGAAAGACUCAACAGGCCUUUGCCUCCGAGCCUAUGCUGGACUCAUAGGUACCAUCAUGACCCCCAACUACAUCAGCAACAGCUCUGCCGACGUGUCGCUGUGGUGCAACUGCGAAGGGAGCGGCAACCAGUGGCAGGAGUGUCUGAGGCUGCAGCGCCUCUUCACCCACAACUCCUGCCUGCGUAAUUCAAUCAGCCUGAUGGGAAGCCCUGGCCUGCCGCCGUCCGACAUCACUCAGCCUCCCGCUCCCAAACCUUCUCCGCUGGUUCAGGAGGACGAGCUGUUGGGCAGCAAUCACCUGCCUGAACUCACCAACGAUGUGGUGGAGAGUGAGGAGGAAGAGGAACUGAUGCAAACAGUUGAAGAGGAGGGCCGUGAAGGUGACCAGUUUGAUAUCAUCCCUCUCUACUCGGAGAGGGCCACUAUCUCCAGCUUGGGUUCCUCUGGGACUGGGGGGGGCGCAUCCGCCAACACAAGCCCAACCCAACCGGACUCCCUUAAACAGAACAGAACACGGGGACUGUGUAAAAUUAAGUUCCAUUUUGCGGGGUACAGGCAACAGUGGAUGGAAAUGAAAAGGAGUGUGAAGAGAGGGAAAGAAAAGGAACGAAUGGAGGGACUCGACCCGUUAGAGGGAGUCCCAAGUGACCUGGCAGCGAGGUCAGAGAUUAGCUUUGAUCAGAUUAACAGAGCUCCUAGUUGUCUUUGGUUAUAUGGGGAGGAGGAGGAGGAUGAGGAGGAGGAGGAGGAGGAGGAGGAGGAGAUGAGGAAGAGGAGAAGGAGGAGGACGAGGAGGAGGACGAGGAGGAAACGAGGAGAGAGGAGGAGAGAGGAGGAGGAUGAGGAGGAAGAGGAGGAGGAUAAAGAGGAGGAGGAAGAGGAAAAGACGAGAAGAGGAGACGAAGAGGAGGAUUAG